AAUCUAUAAUGGGAAACUGGGGAUCAACUUCAUCAGCCAACCACUCAGCAGGCUCACAGCCAGCAUCAACAGUCAUCAGCUCAACAAGUUCCUACUCGCCAGCAGCGGCCGCCCACUCAGUAGGCUCACAGUCAGCAUCAAGAGUCAUCAGCUCAACAAGUUCCUACUCGCCAGCAGCGGCCGCCCACUCAGCAGGCUCACAGUCAGCAUCAAGAGUCAUCAGCUCAACAAGGUCAUACUCGCCAGUUGCGACCGCCCACUCAGCAGGCUCACAGUCAGCAUCAUCGGCCAUUCACCUAGUAAGCCAUACUGGUCUACAGUCGACAAAUGUCAGUACAUCGCAGAUUAGAAGUCUAAAUAGUCAGCACAUAAACAAUUCAGGAAACAAUGUAGCAAUAAAGCCUUAUACUGUAAAGGCUGCUCAACAAACUGUUAAACACUGUGUAAAUAGUGAUUAUGUCAUUCCUAAUCUGCAAACAAAUAAUUUAGAACAAACACAAAUUGUAAAUAUCCCACUGAAUUUUAUACCAGAUAAAUUUGGGUUACGUGUAUGCCCCCAAUACAACAGUAAGAAUGGGUGCCAUGCUAUGCUUUGCCGGCGAUUCCACAUAUGUCUUUUUUGGGCAAAGGAACAAUGCAAAAGCAAUAAGUGUGACUAUGCUCACGAUUUCACUUCAUACCAUAAUACACUACUUAGGAAUACAUUCUCUAACAGAAGAAGCUUCGAUAUCCCUGAAUGUAUUCGGGAUAAUCACAGACGCAUGAAAUUUAAAAAACAAGGUUCAAAUGGUGAAAUAUGUAUGUUUAGUAUCAGGAACAGAUGUACAACAAGCGGCUGUACCAGAGUUCACGCUAAAAUUCCUUACCAAUGGGAGGUUCAGAUUGAUGACUCAUGGACAAAAUUUUCUCGCAGACAGACCUACUACCUAGAAGAAAUGUUCAGUCGACCAGACAGUGAAAAGAUUGAGCUUCCUUCCCUGGAACGCAACCUUCGAACCCAUUCAGAAUUUUCAAAAUUCUUUUCCUUUUUGUCCAAGAGUAAAGUGUGGUUUGUGAAUUUUGAGACCAUGAAACUUCACUCUGAGCACAGCUGUAAGAACAUACGUAGACUAUCAACUCCCUCAGAUAUUAUGGUAGAUAUUAAUUUAGCAACACGGUGGAUCUGGUACUGGGAAGAUGAUAGCGGUAUUUGGCACCCAUACACUGAUGGAGCCAGCGAAAAAUUCUACAUAAUUUCACUUAGUGAUCAAAUGGAAUAUGAGAAAAGUGUUAGAUCACAAAAUAUGCAAGUAAAAAUGAGUGGCAAUCCUUACAGUAUUAACAUUAUGGACAUGUAUCAGCAAAAUAGAGAUACCAACAAAAUAAGGAAAAUACGAAGAAGACCAUCAUGUCUCCCUUCAAAACAAGAUGCUUCAUUCAGUAGUCAGUUUUCAAAUCUGUCAGAGAAUAGAAACUUUUUGAGACACCCUGUCAAUGCAACCUCUUCUGAAUUUAUGUAUAUCAAAGGGCUGCUGCAAAUCGGAAUGGGGAAUAUUCGUGUCGCAACCAUGGAACGCAUUCAGAAUAAUCAUCUCUGGAAAGCUUACCAAAACAAGAGAAAACUUCUUUUGUCCAUAUACAAAAAUGAUGCAUCCCUUAUCAACGAACAGUACCUGUUCCAUGGGACAAAGCAUGGAGCAAUCGACUUGAUCUGCAGUGAAAGCUUUGAUUGGCGGCUGUUUGGCACCAACGUAGGCAAUGUCUAUGGUAAAGGGACAUAUUUCACAAAUGAUUCAAGAUUGUCAAAUAGCUACAGUGAAAGCAAAUUAGGUUUAAAAGCAGUAUUUGUGGCUUUUGUCCUUGUAGGAACAAUGACAAAGGGAAACAGAGACAUGGAGAUUCCUCCCCAAAAUACUGAAUUUGGUAGGUGCUUUGAUACCACCUGUAAUAAUGAUUUUGCACCCAACAUCUUUGUAAAGUAUAACAAAGACGAAUAUUAUCCUGCAUAUAUUGUCAAGUACUAUGAUGGAGAUUGCCGGUACUGAGAAAGAUUUAUAUUCUUGAGUUCAUAGAGUAAUAAUAUUAGCAAAUUCAGAACCAGAAUAUUUAGAAGUAUGCUUUAUGUUAUGGUUUCGUAUAGAGAAUGUACUGUAGAGAAGUCCCCACAACUGCACUUAGUCCUCACUGAAAAAUACCUGGCAGACCUUUCUUUAGGAUUAGUAGGUGAUUGAUAGGCACUCUUACAUGAGUGACGUCAGUGUUGGUCAUUCCAACGAUAUUCUAAUUAUUUGUAGACACAAGGUAACAGACGCUCCCAAAGACGUUGAAGUCUGACGAAGUCUGACCCAUUUACAUAUAGACCUAGAAAAAAACUAGAGAUCAAGACAGUUAUGUUAUUGAUAAAAGUUUAGAUUAACCAAACAGGUACUUGAAUAUAUUAAAGGGUAACCGAUGAGAGGAAACUUAUGGAUACGCAUUUAUGCUCUAGGUAUUACUAUUGCUACU